AUGACGGAUACAAUAUCAGGAAGCCCACUAGCGGUGACAAGAUGGUCUCUCCUCAGUCGCGGGCUCAGUAACAGCAUCGUUAUACUGAUAGCGCUGUUAACGGUUUCUGCAACAAAUUGCUAUACACCCGAUGGAACUUUGUCCAAUGACCAGCCAUGCAAUGUGUCGGCAUCAGCCAGCGUCUGCUGCACCCAGGGCUUUCUUUGCACGUCAAAUCAGCUCUGCCAGCCGGCGAACUGCUGGGGUGAUGGAGGUAAUCCCCUCCAACUCAUCAGAGGGACAUGUACGGACAAGACGUGGGCUGCGCCGGAAUGCCAGGGGCAUUUUGUUGCGGAAGGUCCAACCGGCGGAGAGUGGGUGAUGCGAUGCGGCAAUAAUUCCAGCAACUACUGCAGCUCGGCAGAUGACUGCUGCACCAGGGAUUCGUUCCUGAAAUUCACUCUGGAUGAUUCUACCAUCACCGCCACGGCUGGCGUAGUUCCUUUCACCAAAGUGACGGCUUCGAAAGCAUCCUCCACGGCGACCACAGAAAGAGAUGACGAUAGCUUCGAGAACUUCGACAUCGUCAACAUCUUCGGGAUUUUCGACAUCUUCGACAUCAUCUACAGCCCGUUCUGCAACCAUGACUGCGGACACACAAAGGCCGAUAACGCAGGGUCCAGUCCAUCAACCGCCAUAGCGGUUGGCAUUGGGGUUGGAGUGGGGGUCGGAGUCGUGCUCGUAGGAUGCUUGCUUGUGGUUAUUUUUAUGCGCCUGCGUCGCAAGGUAAUCGCAGCCCAGCAGAACAAUUCUGCCUUUGGAUACGCGCAGCAAGGGGGUCUCUCUGGUAUUUAUCCGCCUAUCGUCCGGACUUAUGAACCCAAGGAGCUGGAUUCCCAGCAACACUAA